GCCCUUAGAGAUAAAUCCGCCAUUUCUUUCUAAGCCGCACUAAGGAGAGUUGCGUUGUGAUCUCCUGAGCAGUGGUGGACCAACUCACCGGAACAUCACGCCAGAAUCAUGAACAAUAAAGAGUGCUUCAAGUGUGGACGUUUUGGACACUGGGCUCGUGGAUGCCCUCGAGGAGGACUGCGAGGGCGUGGAGUUAGAGGCCGUGGCAGAGGGUCUCAAAGCUAUUCCACCACCCUAACUGACAUCUGUUAUCGUUGUGGUGAGUCUGGUCAUCAUGCUAAAAACUGCGACCUUCUGGAGGAUAUCUGCUACAACUGUGGGAGAAGUGGCCACAUCGCCAAAGAUUGUACUGAGCCUAAGCGCGAGAGAGAGCAAUGCUGUUAUACAUGUGGCAGACCAGGUCACCUGGCUCGUGAUUGUGAUCAUCAGGAAGAACAGAAGUGCUACUCUUGUGGCGAAUAUGGUCACAUUCAGAAGGACUGUACCCAAGUCAAGUGCUACCGAUGUGGUGAGACCGGCCAUGUGGCCGUCAACUGCAACAAGGCCAGCGAAGUCAAUUGCUAUCGUUGUGGAGAAUCUGGACAUCUAGCCAGGGAAUGUCCAAUUGAAGCUACUGCUUAAAUUUUUCCUCUUAUCCCCCCUCCCCCAACCUCCUUUUGUUCACUGAUAACUGUAUUAUUUCAUCUGAAACUUCACUGACGAAACAUUGAUAGGUGGGGACUACUUCUAGGCCUUAGAUGGUUAAUUGCCAUGUUGAAGGAGGCUGGGACAAAAUCAAAAAAUGUUACUCAUUUGUAGGUGUCUUGUAAUUAAUGAUUCUGCAUCACUGGUGAAUCUGAUGAAGUCAUCUGAGGAUUAGCCAAUUUCUAAGAUCUCUGUAUUUUGAUCAAACAUUUAAGUAAGACCAACUAUGUGCCAGCCCUUAUUGGAGGAAUAGGGGUCCAGCAGUGAACAAAUCAGGUCAAAGUUUUGAAACAUAGGCCUAGAAAUUAUUACUAAGCAACAUAUGUAGUGUCAGAUGAAGAUAAACCAACUGGAGGGGGGACACAUGAUUCUGGGCUUAAGACUUAAGGCCACCCUGAGGAGAUGACAUUGCCUCAGAGAUCCAUAGAACAAUAAAGCGGAUUCUAGAAAUGUC